AAAAAAAAAAAAAAAGAAAUGAAAAGAAAAAAGUUCAUAUUGAAGAGGCCAUAAAAGGCAAAGAUUUGUCCGCAGAGAGGGUUCAGUUUUCUGAAGCUGAAGCAAUCGUUUCCCCAGACACACGCCCCUCUCUGCUCUCAGACUCAGUCUCUCUCUCACUGUGAAAAAAACUGUAUAAUCUAUUAAACUAUUACAAUUUUCUAUUAUAUAUUUUCCUCUCUGGCUUUCUCUUCUUCCAAGUAACAAGAUUUUCUUUUCCAUUUAUUUCCAUUACCAAUUCUUUCCCUCCGUCUCAGCUAGCUUUUCCUGGAAAAUCACCUUCCAAAACCUCGUCGCCAUAAAUACUUUUCCUCGCCAAUGCGUAAAAAAUUCUUACAGUUUUUUUAAUUGCUUUUGCUCUCCCUCUCUGUCCAUCUAUCUCUCUCAAUGGAUACAUUCGAUUUCGACAACGUGAAAGCUGAGAAGGCCAGCGCUAUGCGUAAAUAUAAUCGCCUUCGAAGUCUCGCAAAGGUGUUUCGUUUCGCGGAACUCUUUGUUGCCCUGCUAGUCCUCUCAUGGACCUUCACUCGUCUCCCUUUCGCCGUCAAGAUCUCCGGCGAGUACUUCCGGAAGCUCCUGACCGUCAUCGUUAGCCCUCUCUUCGUUUUCAUCCUCUGUAAUGGAAUCAUCGUCUCUCUCAUUGCCAAAUCUGGGAAAUUCUCUGGCCAAAACCAGAGCGCUAACAGCGUCGAAGCCGAACUCUACGAGGAAAUUACCAGAAACAGCAGCAGCAGCAGCGAACGUACAAUGUCAGAAUCUGAAAGCGAGACUCAAUCGAGUGCGACAGAGAAUAUUGUGUACGACGACAAGCAGAUAAUCUCCGAGGUGAACACGACGACGGCCACUCAAAAUGAAGUUGAAACUGAUACGGACUCCAAUCCAGAUUCCGAUCAUCCGAAAUCUUACAGGAGGACUCAGUCUGAGAAGUUCAAUCGAGAGUGCUCUGUGAAGAAUCAUGGAGAGCUCCGGCGAUCCGAGACGGAGAAAUUCGUGAAUAUUACAAAAUCCGGUGAGGAUUGUCCGCCGGAAAAGCUUUACCCGCAGGACAAGUUGAGUGACGAUGAGUUCAAUCGCACCGUGGAGGCCUUCAUAGCAAAGCAGUUGAGGUUUCGUCGUCAGGAGUCCCUUUCGAUCGUGCUUCCAAAUCAGAGCUGAAAUGAAUCCGUACUAAUCUUUUUUUCUUUUUUCUUUUUUUUUUUUUAAAAUACGAAAGCUGUCAAAAGAAAAUUAUAUUAGCUAUUUUUUUUUUUUUAAAUUUUCUCGCGAGGCUCAAACUGUGUACUGCCGUGUACAGAGUUAAUUUCUCAAUUUUCACUAAAAAUGGGAUAAAAGCAGUAGUUGCUUGCUAGUUAAUUUCUCUUAUAAUCAAUGCGAAAAAAAAAAAAAUGCUGAAUAAGAGUUUUUUUCCUUUUUUUUUUUAAUGAAAAAAAAAUGAAAGUUUAAUUUUAUAAUAUGUUUUGCUAUCUGUGUAUUGAUCGGACCGUUGAUCGAGAUAAAUCUGACGGUUUAUCUGAUUUUGAGAAUAGGAAUAUUAUUUUCCCUGCUUUGAUCAGCGCAGCUCCUGUGUGAGGAUUUGUAUCAGAUUUUUGUUUAAAGAUUAAACGCCAAAAAAGAUAUUUACCCUUUUUUUUUUUCUUUUUUUCUUUUUUUCAUUUUAAAAGAUAAAAAUUUUACUUUGGCAUACGUGAUCAUAUAAGAGAUAGGCUUAGUGCUGGUUUAGUCCUACUUUUUACGGAGG